AUGAACGUCACCCAAGAUCACGACCAGCACCAACUCCUGUCCUCGCCGCCGCCGCACGCCCGCAGCCGCCACCACCGGAGCCCUCUUUCGUCGGCCCUCUCGAAGCCCAAGGCCUACAUCACUCUUGCCGCAGUCUCCGCCUUCAUCCUGGGCUACAUCUGCCACUCCCAGAUCUCGGAAUCGGCCCUUGACCUAUCCCUCCACAACGACUUCUCGGGCCGGUGCGCCGGGCCGGUCAACCCGAGCCAGGCCCGAAGGACCAUCAUCGACCGGGUCUUCAACGGCACCUCUCCCUGGGACAGCUUCCCCCCGUCCCACGUGUUGCCCCACCUCCACAAGGAGUGGACCAAAGGCUGGGGCUCCACCACCCCUGUAUUCGAGCACCUCAUCCGCCAGGCCCGCCCCAACACCAUCAUCGAGGUGGGCACCUUCUUGGGCGCGUCUGCCACCCACAUGGCCGGCCUCACCCGGAGGCUCGGUCUGGAGACACAGAUCAUAUGCAUCGACGAUUUCCGGGGCUGGCCCGGGUACUACGACAACGAAAAGAGCCUCAAAAUGGUGAACGGGGACAGCAUGCUAUUGUACCAGUUCAUGCAGAAUGUGGUGAGAGCAAACGAGACGGGGUCGAUUAUUUUCCUGCCGUUUUCCGCCGGGACGGCCCUGAACGGGCUUUGCGAGUGGGGAGUGUACGGGGACCUUGUAGAGGUGGACGCGGCACAUGAUUUCCACUCGGCUUGGACCGAUAUUAACCGAGCGUACAAGGUGCUCAGGCCCGGUGGGGUGCUGUUCGGGCACGACUACAAGUGGAAAGGGGUCCGUGCAGCCGUUCAUCUGUUCGCAAGGCUCAACGGGUUCCGGGUCAGGUUAGACGGGGAGCAUUGGGUUUUGUAUUGA